GGCAGUUACAGACUCCUACAAAUUUAUACUCUAUUUUUCAUUCUUUUCAUUGCUUUAAUUUGCUUUGCUCUGUUUUUGCUUCCUUUUUAUCCAUCCCAUCUCUCUCUCUGCUCUAACACUCUUCUUCACUUCCAUCAGGGAUUAACUGACAAAGCCAUCUGUUACUGUACUCAUCACACAAGAAUGGUACUUUCUGAAUCAGAUAGAAUUGCUUAUGGUAGUGAUGGUGCCAAAUCAGAUUCACCACAUCCUCCUCAAAUACAAGAUCAAGAUUCAUUGAAGGAAACCUCAUCAUUUUCUCCAUUAGCAGCAGCAGGACAGAAUUCUCUCCUGUCACUUACUCUCAAUGAAAUUCAACACAAGAGUGGCAAGAGUUUUGGUUCCAUGAACAUGGAUGAAUUUCUUGCUAACUUAUGGAGUGUUGAUGAAAAUCAAGAUUCUUCACAACCAAACCAACACCAACCCACCAAAGAUAAUUCUAAUGGCACAAAAAACCAACACUCAUUGGUUCGACAAGGCUCCUUCUCUAUUCCUGCUCCUUUCUGCAAUAAAACUGUGGAUGAGGUAUGGUUUGAGAUCCAAAAAGAUCGUCCCCAGAAUCAAAAACCUACCAAUAUUGGUCCCCAUGAACCCCCUCAACGACAACAAACCCUUGGAGAAAUGACCCUUGAAGAUUUCUUGAUAAAAGCUGGGAUAGUUCAAGAAGCACCAGGGUCAGGGUCGAGGUCGACCUCCCAGCAAAAAAUGCCAACACCACCUAGUAUUCAAAACAUAAGCUCAAGUUUGGACGCAAGUUUCGGAAUGGGGCAAGUGAUCGGAAUAGGAUUUUCCGCACACCAAGCUAUUGGAAACAAUUUCUCUGCUGCAAAUAGUUUCUCACCAUACCAAAUGUUUCCACAAACCAAAGGGUAUAGCAUGGCAGAAGUUCCAAAUAGUGCUAAAAAUGAGCAAGGCCAUUUCGACUUGAGUGCGCAGCAAAACAAGAAAAGGAUAAUUGAUGGUCCACCGGAGGUGGUAGUCGAGCGGAGGCAACGCAGGAUGAUAAAGAACAGAGAGUCUGCAGCACGAUCUCGGGCUAGGAAGCAGGCAUAUACGGUGGAGUUGGAGCUAGAGUUGAAUCAACUUAAAGAAGAGAAUGCUAAGCUAAAGCAACUCGUGGAGGAAAUUGAGCAGAAUCGAAAGGAAGAGGUUAUGAGAAGGAAACCGGCAAUAAUGCCACAAAAGAAGGGUGAGAAAUUGAGGAGCAUAAGGAGGACUGUUAGCCUUACUUGGUGAAUGAGAAGAGGAGAUAAAAAUGAUGAUAAUUGUAGCUUGGCAACGGCAUGUGAAUAUUUACAUUGUCAUAUAUAUAUAUAUAUAUAUAUAUAUAUAUAUAUAUAUAUAUAUAUUAUAAUUAAGUAAGGAUACAAUAAGUGAAUUAUGAGUAUAUGUAAACUUUUCUUUUAAUUUUAGAAAAUAAAGUACUAUUAUAAAGUGUUUAAUCUUUA